AAGAGAGGCCAGCAGCAGAGGACUGCUGUAUGACAAGCACGAGAAAUAAGAUGUCUGAGAACAGAGAGGCUGUUUGCUUAUGAAUGCGUCACUUCAGUGCUGACAUGCACAGUAACUCUAAUUGCCAAGCUCGGUUUGCUCCGCUUGCUUGAGAUGCAUGUAGUUGUGACACUUCAAUGUAAAGAUGCAGUCAUUUGCACGUAGCUAUGCUGGUGCAGAAGUAUCAAUCAGUGCUACUCUCUGCAAGACUGAGUGGCUCUCCAACUCUCCCUCCUCCACGUCUGGAAACAAACAGGUCAUCAACCUCGACCAUAAGAAAGUCAUCAAACUUAUGGAGGAACUGCCUUUCCAGGAGGCUCUGAUAGUGGCUGAUGCGUACAAGCGGACCAGCUGGACAGACUGGGUCGGCCCUCUCUACAAGAAGGUUGUGAUCGGCGGCCACUUUCACUAUCUCAGUGACUACAAAACUGCCUUCCCUCUGAAGGCAAACAUGUUCCAAGAACUAGCUAGCAGGUAUCAACAUGACCGGGAGAGACCGCCCGAGUCUGCAGGCAACAUGAGGCGACUCCUGGGCCACUUACGUAACCUCCCACUCAAGAGGAAGAUAGCCACUGACCUGGGAUUGAGCGAUGUCCUCCAGAGCCUCUCGCCCACCCAGGAUGAGGGGUUCCUCAAUGAUAUUGCCAGACUCUGACCUGUUAGUCUUGCAUCAGACUUGGGUACACAGGUGUGUGUGUGUGUGUGUGUGUGUUUGAGAAUUUAACUUUUUGUCUUCAAA